AUGCAGCUUGUCACCGGGCAAACACGGUGGUCAUGGAAAAAGUUUCUACAGUUGUUGAAGCUCCAGGAAGACGAAAACGAUCCAAUCCAAGAAAAGCUCAUCCAGCUUGGUUUCCUUCGACGAUACCCAGAUUACUAUGAAAACAACUCAAUAACUCGAUCAACCAGAAUUUCGGUUCUAGAAGUAUCCUUGGAGGAUGGCCUUGCCCUCUUGAAACCAACAGCGUCAAAACGUCAUCGAGGUCAUCUCACCCUGGAGGAACGGUCGAAACGCUUACAUCCUGCUGACGAGCACGAAGAUUUCCUCAUCUUCUCUAAACGUGUAGCCCCUCAUCUUGCCGAGAAAUAUUUGGAGAUUUUAGCGGAGCUUGUUGAACAUUUUUGUCUGAUGCCCGAUGACAUCCGCUCCGAUAUUGGAGGACUUCCCGUUGGAUCUGGGACCCUUGCAGAACUUGUCACCGGGCAAACAAGGUGGUCAUGGAAAAAGUUUCUACAGUUGUUGAAGCUCCAGGAAGACGAAAACGAUCCAAUCCAAGAAAAUCUCAUCCAGCUCGGUUUCCUUCGACGAUACCCAGAUUACUAUGAAAACGACUCAAUAACUCAACCAACCAGAAUUUUGGUUCUAGAAGUUUCCUCAAAGGAUGGCCUUGCCACCUUGAAAGACGCGACUGAACCAGUCAUCUUAUCCAAGGAUGUCAUUGAAAAAGGCUAUCUCUCAGACUAUGUUGGAUAUGAUGACAUUGUUAUCCCGAUCCUCCGGACCCUUAACCAGCAUGCAUCAGAAUGGCAGCAAACCAAAUACUUGGCGCCCUACACAUCGCUCAUUGGACCGACGAUGUCCGGGAAAACACGCUUUCUGAUGGAAGUGGCGCAGGAAGUUUGUGUCGUGUAUAUUUGCCUCCGGCCCUCCAACUCUAGCGGGGAACCAAAACGCUCCCAGCUUGCAACUGAAAUGCUCCAAACGCCCCCCUUAGCCGAUCUUGAAGGUUACUACAUCAAACUUAUCACUGCAAUCCUAUCCUCAACAGUCAAAAACUUGUCUCACGGUACAGAUGCUGUCUCCCAGCUUACCUCUGCAGCUCGGACACUCGCCAAAACUCGAGUGCUGAAAGAUUCUCCCUUGAAGGUAAUGCUGGCAAUUGACAAAGCUAGUGCUUUACUUGACAAACCAGACAAUCGAACGGAUUCAUCUGCAAGCCCAACUCAAGAGGUGCCGCUGUUCUGCUUCUUUUGCCGUGCUUUGAGAAAUAUUCCAGACAAUUCUGGUGUCUUUACUAUCCUAGUCGACACUAAUUCUCGUGUCGCUAAUUUCAAUCCAAGAGGCGAAGAUGACCCUAGCUCUCGACCUAUGGGCCUCCGCGCUGAACCGUUCAAGGUGUACCCCCCCAUUUAUGAACUACGCACCUUUGAUCGGAUGGUCUCCCCUAAACCACCAAGAACCUGGAAACAUUUGUUCUUGCCGGAGCGACUUUGUAACUACGGGAUUCCUUUCUACGGAAUAUACCUCAAACUUGCGCUAGAGGCUCAAGUUGCGGAAGACCCCGCUGCCGCUGUUGACAAGAUGGCAACAUAUGCUUUGAAGAAGCUUCUCUGCUAUCAAAACGCAGGCCCGAUCGAAAUUACCGAGUCUCGAGCACUUGCCUUACUUGGUCCAACGAUUGGAGUUCCUCUCCAUGGCCAGGCGCGUCAAAACGUGAAACUUACAGCCUCUCAUGCGGCCCAUUGCGGCUACAUUGAUGCGGACCGUGAUUGUCAAUAUAGUUUCUAUCCAUCACAGCCGAUAUAUGCGUUAGCUGCAAACAACUAUCUGCAGAAAAACGAGGACGUGCUCAUAUCUUGUAUCAACACUCUCACCGCUAUCCUAUCCCAAGGUCAAACCGGCACAGGAGACGUUGGCGAAAUUGCUAGCAGAAUCAUUCUACUCUGCGCCAUGAACAAAACUGCAGAUGAUAUGAAGACUGCAAAGAAGCCCGCUGAUAUGAAGAUUGCGAAGAAAACGAUGGUCAAUCCGACUAAGCUGUUUGACGAAGGAGUGAUGUUCUGGAAUCAUUUCAUGCAUUGCUCGCAUAGACCAACAAGUGAAUCUUUGCUCGAAUGCAUGCAUAGAGGGUUGGCUUUACAAUGUCGGCCAAACCAAGAAGCGUUUGACCAAGUCUUAACCGUCUACUUGAAACAAAAAUCUAAAGCUAAGUUGGACGAGGCGAAUGUUACAUUUUGUGGGAUACAGGUCAAAAACCGAAAAGACGACUCUCAGUUGAAAACUGCCCAGCAAAACAUGAACCCCGAGACAGCUCGGAUCAACAUGAAAGAAGCAGACAACCCCUACCUUGCCCUGUAUUUUACUUUCCAAAAGAAUCCCCCUAGAAAGGACAAUGGUGAAAGGAGGGAUUGCUACAAACUACCUUCUGUUGGGCCUCCAGAUCAUCGACAGGCGUCCUUGGUUUUCUAUGGACUUGAUUCUUUUCAAUUCCUCAGUCCUGGAUUGAAGAAUGCCUUGAAGGAACUACUCAAUAUUCGCACAGGUCUUGUGUGGCGACAUGGGAAUCGUCGAGCUGGACAAGAAUAUGCCAAAGACUUCUUGCUGCGCGCCAAUGCUUGUCAACCGAGUUGA